GUCGUACGCUCGGACAAUAUGGGUGUGGUGACCGUAACCAACAAAGGACGUUCGCGCAGUUCAGAGACAAAUGCUGUCCUGAAGCACCUCUACCGUAUGCAGGCAGAGUGUUGUGUGCGUCUGCAGGCCAUUUAUGUCCCCUCCCGUGGCAACAUUGCAGACGCUCCGUCUCGCGGA